AUGGUGAUGGGUUCACCAGGAGCAUCUGUUCCGAUGGCUGCAUUGGCGACUGCCUGGGACACUUACCAGAUCCCAGAAGCUGUUUCUCACGAUCUGGACUUGCUGCGAAAUCACUCUUCCCUCUCGACUGACUUUAAUCUGCCCGGAUGGACAGAGAAAAUAGUCCAAGAGCUUCAUCCAGGGGUUCAGUACGGCCUAGAUUCUUCCAUACAGGUAGCUGAUCAGCAGACAACAGCCUUAUCUCAACCAAAUUCGCACGCCCUCUUCUCUCCCCUGGUCUCGCCUUUCGCGGGCACGCCCUAUGACAUGUCCACUUCCAUGGGCCCAACGAUUAAUAGUGCCAUUUCACCCGAUAGCUUCGUAACUUUUGUCGACCCCAUGAUAGAAAGCUUAUCUAUCAGCACCUGUACGCAACUCGUGAGCCCAUCAGAAGAUCCGUACGCCGAAUCUCCGCUGUUUGACAGUUCAGAAUCCUCGAAUAAUGUUCUCUCUGCCCAAGGUUCAGAACAGGAAAGUGAAUGCGGUUUAAAAGAGAAAUGA